AUGAAUGCGUGUGGCAACACGGGAUCCAGGCGCAGGCGCGAAGCCGACGAGGUGCCCAUCUGCGAGGGAGACGGGCUUCCAUUCGUGUCCCGGGGGAACAGAGCCCGGCCGGCAAGCUUGUUUUGUUCCCAGGAGCUGUGUUCCAGCCCCCAGUUCAUAGCCAGUGGAGCCACUCGCACAGACAUCUGCCAAGGGGCCUUAGGGGACUGUUGGCUCUUGGCCGCUAUUGCCUCUCUCACCCUGAAUGAAGAAAUUCUGGCCCGUGUUGUUCCCAAAGACCAGAGCUUCCAGGAUAGAUAUGCAGGAAUUUUCCACUUCCAGUUCUGGCAGUACGGGGAGUGGGUGGACGUCGUGGUGGACGACAGGCUGCCCACCAAGAACGGGGAGCUGCUCUUCGUGCACUCGGCCGAGGGCAGCGAGUUCUGGAGCGCGCUGCUGGAGAAGGCCUACGCCAAGCUGAACGGAUCGUAUGAGUCUCUCUCUGGUGGCACCACCACUGAAGGCUUUGAGGACUUCACCGGUGGAAUUGCAGAAUGGUAUGAGCUGCAGAAGGCACCACCCAACCUCUUCAAAAUCAUUCAGAAGGCACUUCAGAAAGGCUCUCUCCUUGGCUGCUCUAUUGAUAUCACCAGUGCAGCAGAGACGGAGGCGGUCACUUCCCAGAAGCUGGUGAAGGGACACGCGUACUCGGUCACCGGGGCGGAGGAGGUGAACUUUCGAGGAACGGUGCAGAAGCUGAUCAGAAUCCGAAAUCCCUGGGGGGAAGUGGAGUGGACCGGAAAAUGGAACGACAACUGCCCAAACUGGAGUGGUGUUGACCCUGAGGUGCGGGAGCGGCUGACCAGGAGGCAUGAAGAUGGAGAAUUUUGGAUGGCGUUCAACGACUUCUUGAGACAUUACUCCCGCCUGGAGAUCUGCAACCUGACUCCAGACACCCUGGCAAGUGACAGGUACAAGAAGUGGAGCCUGCUGAAGCUGGAUGGGAACUGGAGGCGAGGAGCCACUGCAGGGGGCUGCAGGAAUUACCCAAACACUUUCUGGACGAAUCCACAGUAUUUAAUCAAGCUGGAGGAAGAAGAUGAGGAUCCUGAUGAUCCUGAGAGGGGCUGCACUUUCCUCAUUGGCCUGAUUCAGAAGCACCGGAGGAAGCAGAGGAAGAUGGGAGAGGACAUGCAUACCAUCGGCUUUGCAAUUUAUGAGGUGCCCCCAGAGUUUUCUGGCCAGACGAAUAUUCAUCUGAGCAAAAACUUUUUCCUGACCAACAAAGCAAGGGAAAAAUCAAACACCUUUAUCAACCUCCGAGAAGUGCUGAACCGGUUCAAGCUCCCUGCAGGAGAAUAUAUCGUCGUGCCCUCAACCUUUGAACCCAACAAGAAUGGGGAUUUCUGUCUGCGAGUCUUCUCUGAAAAAAAUGCAAACUCCACGGUCAUAGAUGAUGAAAUUGAGGCCAAUUUUGAAGAGACCGAGAUCAGCGAAGAUGACAUCGAACCCAGCUUUAAAAAGCUUUUUGGACAGCUAGCAGGAAGUGAUGCAGAGAUCUCCGCCUUCGAACUGCGCAACAUCUUGAAUAAAAUUAUGGCUAAACGCAAAGAUAUUAAAUCUGAUGGCUUUAGUAUUGAGACAUGCAAAAUAAUGGUUGACCUGUUAGAUAAUGAUGGGAGUGGUAAACUGGGACUGAAGGAGUUCCACACCCUCUGGACAAAGAUUCAGAAAUACCAGAAAAUUUACAGGGAAAUCGAUGUGGAUCGAUCCGGUACCAUGAAUUCAUAUGAGAUGAGGAGAGCGCUGGAAACAGCAGGGUUCAAACUGAACUGCCAGUUACAUCAAAUCAUUGUGGCUCGUUUUGCUGAUGAAGACCUCAUCAUUGACUUUGAUAACUUUGUCCGGUGUUUGAUUCGGCUGGAAACCUUGUUCAAAAUGUUUAGAAAACUGGAUACUGAGAAAACUGGAACAAUAGAAUUGAACCUUGUCAAUUGGCUGUGCUUUACUGUCAUUUGAGCCACUGACAUCAGCUCAAGAGACCUCAAAGAGAGCAAGAUCAGAUG